AUGUAUCACGAGCUGAAAUCAAAUAGCUUGACAACUCCUGAUGAAGAUUUACCGGAUACUGUUAAAGAUAACAUUGAUGUAUCUGCUACCAAUACUGAGGACAGUUUAAUUGGCAAAGACAGAAACGCUUCAAUGGAAUUAGAACAAAAGCUUGCUACAAAUAGACCUAAUUCUAAUCGGAGAGACAAAAUAUUCAUGAAAUACAGACAGAGGCGUGAACCGGAAGUUGUCGCAUUCACAGCGUAUCUAAGUCAUAAAAUUGAUCAUAUGGGAGUUGGCCACCAUAUCGUAUACGACCAAGUCAUUACAAAUGAAGGGGCAGGAUACAAUGUUCACACAGGCAUAUUUACUGCACCUUUGACCGGACUUUACUUAUUUACGUACUCAGCGAAUUCCCAUUAUGUACGAAGCAUGUUGGAGCUAGUGGUUGACGGCAAUAACAUCGUUGAUAUCAUUAUUGACCCAGUCUCUAAUACAGAGGAGACAACCACAACUGCGACCAGAGCACUUCAUUCUAACAAAACGACACUCUGUGUGGCCACACCCUGCCGUGAUAGUCACGACUGGUCAACAAAUCAUCUCUGGCACUUUGAAUGA